AGUGCCACCUAUCAGUGCCACCUAACGGUUCCAGUCACUGCUGCCUAUCAGUGACCAUCAGUGCCUCCUAACGGUUCCAGUCACUUCUACCUAUCAGUGACAUAUUUGAGUACUGCCUUUCAGUGAUGUCUGUGAAUGCCCACCAGUGAUGCCUUUCAAUGCCCACCAGUGCCUCCUCAUCAGUGCAGCCUAUCAGUGCCCAUCACUGCAGCCUCAUUAGCGCACAUCGGUGAA